AUGACCACAGCGUCCUCAUCGAUCUAUUCCUCAUCAUCAUCAGCCUACAAUAAUAUUGCAUAUUCAUCAUCAACGGGUAUUGGAGUGGACCCUCGGAAUAGUGGAAGUCUUAGUAGUCGAGUGUUAGGAAAUAGUACAACCAACAUGAUGAAUUUAGGAAAUACAACUGGAGGAGGCUCUUCUUUGAAUCAAAAUUUUGCAGGAAUAGGAGGGGUUGGAAUUAAUUCGUUUGGAUUGAUCGGAACCACUACUGGAGGUGCCAUACAACAACAACCACAAGGAAUUGUCUCACCUUCGGGAAAUAUUGCAAAGUCGUUAUUUGCAAUUUCAAGCAUAAACAAUGGAAGUAGCGGUAAUUUAAUGAAUCAGUUAAAUGGAAAACCUCUCACGACGUCUGGGAAAGAAUUUUUUACACAGCCAAGACGAUUUAAAAGCAUUCAUUCAGCUCAGACAUCAAAUUUUACAUCCAAUGCUCCGACGAACAGUGGAAUUUCUUUACCAGCAAAUGCCAUGACAUCCAAACGAACGCCUCUUGUGGCUUCUUCUAAAAGAACCAUUGGGACAACUGCAACAACUUCAAACGGAAAACGCCCCCAAAGCGCUACAACACCCAGAUUACAGCCAACAAGUGGCACUACUCCAUCGCCGUCAAAUGCCACCAACAACAUUAUGUAUUUUAAAUAUUCUAAUCCAGCAGGCUCACAAGAAAAUUUUUCCAGUAACAUCAUUUCUAACACCACUGGAAAUUCAAUACCAACAGAAGAGAGAGUACCCUCCUCGAGUAGAAUAGCACGAGGAGCCUCUCCUAAAAUUAACUAUCUGAUGGGACAAAACACAACAUCAAGCAUUCCUCAAAAAGAAAAGAUAGUAGAAACAAAAAUUGAAGAAACAAUUAGUAAUGAACGGUUAAAUUUAGAUAGAAGAAAUUUAACAAAAUGUCCCAUUAUUACGGGAGACACUAAUUUAAAAUUACUAAAUUUACAGUAUAAUGAAAUUAGACAUAUCAGUAACUUGAACAAUCUCUCAAGCUUGGUUUUCUUGGAUUUAUACGGCAACAAAAUUAAGAAGAUAUCGAACUUGGACUCUCUUACAUCACUAAGAGUAUUAAUGCUGGGGAAAAACUUGAUAGAAAAAAUAGAAGGUUUGGAAAAUUUGCACAAACUUGAUGUGUUGGACCUUCACGGAAACAAAUUGCGCGAAAUAUCUAACAUUUCAUUUCUAAAGGAAAUUCGAGUACUUAAUCUUGCUGGAAACAUGAUUACAAAUGUGAAUAAUAUUCGUGGCCUCACAUCUCUUAACGAGCUUAAUUUAAGGAAAAACAAUAUUGAAACGGUUGAAGAGAUUGAUGAAUUACCUAAUCUCAAACGCCUAUUCCUUUCCUCCAACAAUAUUUCUUCCUUCGAAGCCGUGGAAAGUGUGAUACGGAGUUCUUCGGUUGUAGAGCUCUCUAUGGACGAUAAUCCUUUACAUCAGAAUUUAUCUCAAAAAUAUAGAGUCAUUGUCAUUGCUGCGAUGAAGAAACUCACAGCUCUAGACUCUUCUAAGGUAACAGAUUCGGACAGAGAAAUGGCUUUGAAAUAUCUUUCAAAUGUUAAUGUCUCAUCCAUAUUUCCCUUUACGGAUUUGAUUCCUACUCCUUCGUAUGAUAGAGAUUUUGAUCUUGAAGACAAUAUGCAAAUCAGUUCCAUUCCUCGACAGCCCACACCCGACAAUAUUGGACCUCAAAUUACUUCAAGGAGUGUCACUCCUUCAGAAACCAUUCCAAAAGCUCCACCAAUAUCAGAAAGGCCGGAAAGUCGAAGUACCAGCAUUGCCACAAAUUACGACAAUCUGGAAUCAUAUAGCAAAAUUGAGGGCGAUGUUCUUCAUAUUUAUGGAGAGCCCAAUAUCACUCCAAUCAAUUACGGAGAUUAUAUUGUCCAUUUCCACAACUUGGAUUUGGAGAGAAUAUGUGAAGCGUAUUUGUUUCCAAAGAAGGUUAUGGCUACUACUCUUAUAUUUUCGAACAAUCGAAUUAGCACCCUUAAACAACUUUCCUUACUUUCAAAAUUGGAGUUUGAUGUGUUGAAAAUAACAUUUAAAGACAACCCUGUAUGCACCACAUUGAAAAGAAUUUUAAAACCAUACUGUAUUUAUAUUUUACCGCAACUAACCGAAAUGAAUGGAAAGCUAAUAUCCGUGACAGACAAGUCAAACUCUGAGAAAAUUUUUGGAAAAAGACAAGCAGUCAGCAAGAGUAUAGCCCCGCCCAUUUCUCAGUCUUUUCUUGACCGAUAUUCUGGAAUUGUAAAUAAUUACAUUAAUAGUGUUCUAAAUCAUACAUAUGUGGUUGAAGAAAAGAUGAAGCUUGUCGAUGAUGUUUGGGAUCAGGUAUUGUUUGAAUUUAUUGUGAAAUCACUCUCUUCCCUUGAAAAAUAUCCUUCGUCAGCAUGCAUGAAACAAGGAAUUGAAAUUAAUGGCAAAAAGGUCGAUUCAAAAUCAAGGUAA